AUGUCAAGAACAACGCCUAAUGGCGACUACGACUCUACGAACGACAUUGUCGCGCAUGCGGGAUCAGAUGUCGGUGGCCCUGGCAGGAAUGGGCACGAGAAGGGGGAUGUUGCGGCGGCGGCGUCUCCUGGCCUCACCGGCAAGAGUCUGGUCUCAGAGGCCUUGAAGGUCACACCUUCGACAUCCCAGGAAAACUCUACACUCCUUACUAGACGGGAUACGUCUGAGUCGUUGAAGAGCGUACGCUCGGAUGGAGGUGCGGGUAAGGAAGCUGCCGUUGUGGAGAAGACGAGGAAGCAGCGGAGAGUGGGGAUGCUCCAGUUUUUGACCUUGUGUUGGUGCCUAUUCAUUUUGGGAUGGAACGACGGGACUUUGGGUCCGUUGCUACCGAGGAUUAGGGAGGUCUAUGAUGUCGGAUUUACGAUUGUGUCUUUGGCGUUCGUGAUGACUUGUUGUGGCUUCAUCGCGGGUGCCCUAUUAAACAUGUGGAUGGGUCCCAAAUUCGGUCUCGGAAAGACCAUGGCCAUUGGUGCAUGUCUUCAAGUGAUCACCUAUUGCGUUCAGGCACCAGCGCCGCCGUUCGCCGCUUUCGUAGCCGUGAACGUUCUCAAUGGUAUCGGUCUCGCUCUUCAGGAUGCUCAAGCCAAUGGUUUCGUUGGCGCUCUAUCCGAGAAGCCCGAAGCCAAAAUGGGUGUCCUACAUGCCGCUUAUGGACUAGGAGCAUUCGCCUCCCCUCUGGUAUCGACCCAAUUCGCGCAAAUGGAGCGAUGGUCGUUCCACUACCUCGUCUCCCUCGGCCUGGCAACUCUGAACACUCUCUUCGUUAUUGUUGUCUUCAGGUUUAGACCGCAAGACGAAUGCAUGAGGGAAGCUGGGGAGCCUGUUUCACAUCACGACGAUAGUACCAAGAAGGAAACUAACUUCAAGGAGAUCAUGACGAACAAGACUGUGCAUUUCCUCGCCUUCUUUAUCCUCAUCUACGUUGGUGCCGAGGUUACCAUUGGUGGUUGGAUUGUCACGUAUAUUAUCGAUGAGCGUGGUGGAGGACCAUCGGCUGGGUACAUUGCUUCCGGUUUCUUUGGAGGUUUGACUCUCGGACGUGUAGUCCUCCUAUGGGUCAACGAAAAGGUUGGAGAACGCCUAGUGGUCUACAUUUAUGCAAUCCUAUCCUUGGGCCUGGAAUUCAUCGUCUGGUUCGUACCCUCACUCGUGGGCAACGCCGUCGCCGUUUCCUUCAUCGGUCUCUUCCUCGGCCCCAUGUUCCCUCUCGCAAUUAACCAUGCCUCCCGCGUCCUCCCCCGCCACAUCCUCACCAGCUCCAUCGGCUGGAUUGCUGGGUUCGGUCAAGCUGGAAGCGCGCUCAUGCCGUUCGCUACUGGUGCUAUUGCCCAGAAUCAUGGAAUUAAGAGGUUGCACCCUCUGCUGGUAGCGAUGUUGGGUGUUUUGAUUGUUUUGUGGUGGUUGAUUCCAAACCAACCACGCCCUAUUACGCCCCCUUCUACACCUGCAUCCGAACCUGAGCCCUCGAAUACGCCUACCAUAGCCGAGGUGUGAUGCAUUGAUACAUCUAGUAGUACUGAUAUUGGACAAUAUUGCGGUUUUGUCGUUCUCUUUGUGCUUCAUCAUCUCUUCUUGGAUUUAUGGAUAGGGUUGUUUACUUACAUCGAAUAGUCGUGCUACUAAAAUUCCUGGCUAAUGGACAUGUUCAACAU